GUGUGAGCGAAUCUACUGUAUAUUGCCUCUUAGUAUUCCUCCGCUCUGCACCCGAAGCUGCCACAACCGUCUGCACUUGCACCACUCCGCACCAAAGUUCACCUAUAACACACCCGGUGAUGGCAGCAUAUUACGCUACUCCCUCCAGUUCCGUGGUCGCCCACACCUCCGCCUUGCAACCAUAUGGGCAAUACUCUGAGCAGGGCGGUCCAAACACAAGUGUUAACGUCUAUGAUCUGCCUACGGACUCUGAAAAUGAGGCUGAAGUGGAUGAACUGGAGUCUGACACCGAUCCCGAAGACGAGCUCGCCGCAAGCGCUUCCGCUAACCAGAAGAAGAGCGGACGACGACUGGGGGAACGUGCUCCCGGUACAACUCUUCUACCCGCUUCCAAAGUAGAGAACAUGGUUCAGCCGGAUACUAGCGUUUCGAUGUCGAAAGAAGCGGUGUUCAUCUUGUCAGUUGCAACGGAGGAAUUCAUAAAACGAAUGGCACAAGCUGGACAGCGCCAGGCGUCCGCAAAGCGUCGAGGGACUGUGAAUUACGCAGAUUUGGCGUGCUCUACCCAACAAUAUCAGGAGUUCAUGUUUUUACAAGACACGAUACCUGAACCAAUAUCCAUAGCAGAGGCACUUGAGAGACGGGCAAUGAAGGAGAAGGAAGUCUUGGAAGCCAAUCCGGCAAUGUCCACCACCCAUCGACAGUCACCUCCUUUCAUAGCAGUAUCUGCACCCCAGUUAAACGGGAAGUCAAAAGCCAGGCCAAGGCCACCAGUCCAUAAUGGCCGAGAAACGUCAAGUGCAAGUGCAAACGGAAGUUCGAGGAGGGAACAUAGACGGAACGAGGACGGUAUGGACAGUGUUGUAUCAAGAAGUCGAAGCACGAGAGUCGCGCAGGAGGAUCGUUAUGUCGGACCAGAAGAGCACAUGUCAAGUGACGUGGGCAAUGAAUAUCAGGCGGCUACAUCACCCAGACGUUCAACCGUGGGCCUCCAGGAGACAGCUCGGUCAUCUCACGACUUUGCACCCAAUUGGCCUGGUCAUUACACUGGCCCCGCAAGCGGCUUUCUACAAGAUCCACAUGGAGGGUUUAGCAGAGGAAUUACUAGUCAGAAUCCCGGCCGUACUAUCUACUCACAACAACCACGUCCAGAAAAUGGUUCUUACCAGUAGCAUGUGUUGAAAUGGCACACCUUGUUUCCUCUUGAUUGUAUUUCUUUGACGCAGUCAUAACCUGGUAAAUCGUCCUACUUACGACAUAAGAUAGUCCUCAAACA